CAGCCCGUCCAUGUUCCGCUGGCUGGAGGUGCUGGAGAAGGAGUUCGACAAGGCCUUCGUGGACGUGGACCUGCUGCUGGGCGAGGUGGACCCCGACCAGUCCGAGAUCAUGUACGAGGGCCGCCAGAAGAUGACGGCGCUCAGCUCCUGCUUCGCUCAGCUCUGCCACAAGGCGCAGACCGUCUUCCAGAUCAACCACAAGCUGGAGGCUCAGCUUUUGGAUCUAAAGUCGGAGUUGAUCGACACUCAGGCUGAAAGAGUUGUGCUGGAGAAGGAAGUCCACGAUCAACUUCUCCAGCUUCACGCCGUCCAGCUCCAACUGCACGCCAAGACUGGGCAGAAUGUCGACUCUACUGCAAUCAAGGCUAAGCUGUCUGUUCUUUCAUUGGAGGAUAUGGAAAAAGAGUUGGAGGCCAAUAAAAAAGAAAAAGUGAAGGAAGCAAAGCUAGAAGCUGAGGUGAAGCUGCUAAAGAGGGAAAAUGAGGCCCUGCGUCGACAUAUAGCAGUUUUACAGGCAGAGGUAUAUGGAGCAAGGCUCGCUGCGAAGUACCUGGAUAAAGAGCUGGCAGGCAGGGUUCAACAGAUUCAACUUCUGGGUCGAGAUAUGAAAGGACCCGCUCACGAUAAACUUUGGAAUCAAUUGGAAGCAGAAAUCCAUCUUCAUAGACAUAAAACUGUCAUUAGAGCAUGCCGGGGUCGCAACGAUCCCAAACGUCCACUGCCUGCACCUCCUGGACACGAUCCAGAUACCAUAAAGAAGACCCAGGGUGUUGGGCCAAUUCGAAAAGUCCUCUUAGUCAAAGAGGAUCAUGAAGGCCUUGGUAUAUCGAUUACAGGCGGCAAGGAGCAUGGUGUCCCAAUCCUAAUUUCAGAAAUCCAUUCUGGGCAGCCUGCUGAGCGAUGCGGAGGCCUUCAUGUUGGCGAUGCAAUACUAGCUGUUAAUGAAAUCAACUUAAGAGAUGCCAAACAUAAAGAAGCUGUUACUAUUCUUUCCCAGCAGAGGGGAGAGAUUGAGUUUGAGGUGAUAUAUGUCGCUCCAGAGAUAGACUCCGAUGACGAAAAUGUGGAGUACGAGGAUGAGACUGGACAUCGCUAUCGCUUGUAUCUUGACGAGCUUGAGGAAGGUAGAAACGCAGCUGUGGGCAGAAAUGAUGGAAGUGGUGAUGCCAAACCAUUAACGGCAACGGAGCAGAAGCCUGUUAAAGAUGCCAUCUUAAAUGGGGAUGCAAUAACAAGCAGUGAAACGGUUUCCAAGGAUACAACAUCCAAACAUGAAGAUUGUGCAGAGUGCUCAUUCUAAAUUGAUCCAGUGUUACUUUCUCAGUAACAUGAUGAUAAUUCUGCACUAGAAUGGUAAUACAGAAGGAACAUUCUCUAAAUGUGAUAAAGCGUGUAAAUCUGUACUGGGAAAUAAUGUCUAUCGGGGAUCACCAUGAUUAUGUGCUGGGGUUAUAAUGUUGCUAUGGUACUAUGGAGUUGUAGUAUGAACAGUUCUGCAUGUAUGAAACUCUUGCUUUUUCAUUAAUUAACAUUGCAAAUGUGUUUGUUACAAGGUGAAUGAAGUUCAGGGUUACAAAUGAAAUAUAAAUCCAAUACAAAUGAAAUAUAAAUGUUAUGAAAGUACUAGGAGCCUUAGCAGGUGGGCAGGCCAAGGCUAUUGGUUUAAGAUUAAACAAUCUUUUGGGAAUAUUUGAGGCAGCAUUCACCUUCUUAGUUGUUUUUUGCCUGGUAUCCACACAAAGCAGGGCUUUCAUUUGCUUAGAAUUUGGCUAGUCCAUCCUCGUGCUCUGAUUUGGAGCUUCUAAAGGGAACUGUAGUCUUAUGAGCAAAUGUUGGUAUAUGCUUUUAAAUGCUCUGAGCUUGUUCGGGAAUAUUAUCUGCACCAUGUACGUGCAAAUCUGUUUAAAAGGACGACCUAAUGGUACAAUAUAACUAUGUCCUGAGCCUCAGCAAUGUCCAUUGUAGUUCCACUGUGUUAAAUGUUACUGUUAAGUUAGGUAGAUAGUGUCCUUUUAGAGAAUUAAUGUCCACCAGAUAGUACAAGUGUGACACCUUGUGUUUAUUUCUAUAGAAGACUAAAAUAUGAUGGUCUGGUAAGUUGUGGAUGAACACCCUGCAUACAUGCACCUCAUUGCAAACUCAUUCUUAAAAUGGAUUUCUGAUUCAGCAGUUAUACAUAUAAACUUUAAAUUCUAUCCAAAUUGUUUUCUGCACUCACCUAGGAUUUUCUAGUAUUUACCUUUAAGGUCAUAUAUAAUGUCUGAUAAUCAGCCCCCAGCACUCAGUGUAGUAGCACUUCUAGGUGUCUUCCAUGCUUAGAAUGACAGUGCUUCUUGCGUAGAUCUCUUCUGCAUUGGUGACCUUUGCCCAAAAAUGGCUCAUUAUCUUCUCUAGACUCAAGAUCUUAUCAUUCACACUAUGCAAAGUGAAAUUAAAACACACUAUUGUGACUUUUAGAGAUGAGAUAUAGCUCAGCUAUAUUGUGAGACUGAUUUUCAUUUAUCUCUAUAACCGUAGGAAAGUCGCAAUGUUUCAAUAAGUCCGAGAUGAAAACCAAAAGUUCUGAACAAACUCCCAACAAAAGGGUUUUGCUUCUGCAGCUUCUAUGUAUUUAAAUAGUGAAGUUCACACUUUUUCUAUCUGUAAAAUAUUGUAAUGAAACAAACAUUUCACUUUAUAAUGUGAGUUUGUUAUCGUUGGGAGUACUAUAAUAAUUUCCUAGACUUUUUUUGUAUAAGGAAUUCUGUAUUGUACAUACAUCCAUUAUCAGAUUUUUAGCUAUUUAUAAAGUUACACAGUUUAUGGUGUGUUAUUUUUAUGGGGUUUUUCUGCCCCUUUCAUGGCUUUAAAGUUACACUUCCAAAUGAUCGUUGUGCACAAUCAAAUUACGUUGACUUGUUAAGGCUACAUGCUGCCAUUUGGGCUCCUUCUCAGCUACUGAAGAAGUUUGUCUGAAAGGGCAUUGUCUAAUAAUGGAAGAUAUUCCAUUAGUUUUUUUUAAACAAAUUGAAUCUAAUUGAUUCUCCACUGUUUCUGGAGACUCACAGGUGUAUGAUUCGAGUGAUAUUGUUCAUGUUUGAUGUAUUCAGCCUCAUCAGUAGGUGGCAGCAGUUUGUCACUUGCUUUAAAGUUUACACCAGAGGCACAUGCUCAGAAUCUGAAUUAAUAUUGUACCACAUCUAUAGGGGAUACUUUUUUCCCCCCUCUGCUAACAGCUUCUGUCAUUAAAAAUGUAAAACGCAAGGAACAUUUGUGGGACCAAGUUUGUAGUGCUUGCAAGAUCUUUCACUUUUGAUUUUUAUCACUCAUUGUCAGAGAUCUUUGUUAUUCAUGUGGUCAAUUUAUCCCACUGUCCUACUAUUUAAUGUGAUAGAAGAGUCUUUGACACAACAUUUCUGUCCAAAUUAAACAUUGUUGUUAUUGCCAAGCACUAGCACUGGAUCUCAUGCACCAGCAAUUUCUCCUUCCCUCCUCCCUUUCAGCAGAAAGUUCAAGCUCAGUUAAUAUACUAUUAUUUGGAAUAAAGGGAUGGGGGGGAGAAUGAGAAACUUAGUAAACUAUUGCGACAUGAUCAUAAUUGUUUACGUGAUAAAGGUGUUUAAUUUUUUAAUGUAUUGUUUACAUUUAUUUUACACCAUUAUUUAUGGCUGUUAUUUCUUUGUGUGGUUGAAAUUCUAACUUCAACCAGUUGAGAAUUAUAGUGGUGUUUGUUACUUUUUUGGUUGAAGAUGGUUAUAGAAAAUCUAAUUUAUGCCAAAGUCCAUCAAUACCAGAGGUUACAUUGAAGUUUGAUUUGUAAAGCACAAUAUCCUUAUUAUAGUGACCAUCACUAUCAACAACAUCCAGAAUCUUUAACUGUAGAAAACUGCCUCAAUCAUUUUGUUCUUCAUUUGUUAAUCUGCUGCAAAACAUUGUUCUAAUGGUCAUUCGGUGUUCUGAGCAUUAUUUAGCAAACUUCGAUAUGAUUCAUUCACACAAGUAAAAUAUUUGGGAUGCAACUUCGGUGCUGAAAGCAUUCAGUUUUGCUAUUCCUUAAUACCUCUCAUUACAUGCUCACAAUUACUGAUGCUCUAAAAGGAGUGGUAAGUCUAGUCUCCAAUGUGUGCGUGGAAAACCACUGCCAAUGGUAUGGAGCAUAUCAAUAAUUCUUACCCUAUGAGAUAUAUAUAUAGGAGAUGUCAUAAAGAAAUGUAUAUAAAAUAUAUAUGCACCUUUUGUGUUCAAAUUUGAAUGUCACAAGAGAAUGAAGGACAAAUGGCUUUGUACAUUCUUGGCUUACUGUUUAACAUUGCUUUGAUAUUUUGUAAGUGCCAUAUAUAUGUAUGUAUAUAUAUAUAUAAAUGAGUAAAUGUUUU